AGCGGUAUGUAGAAAUGUUUUUUUUUGUUAAAAACUGAAAGUUUGUGAACCAGUGGUCACUGGUAGCUGAAGGAUUUCCUUCAGCUAAUUCAGUUGAAAUGCGUGACUCAUGUCUCGUACACAUAAGACAGUUUUUCAUUUAAAAAAUGUGCCAGACAUCAAAAUAAUAUUUUUGUUAAAAUGUUGUGAUAGUGGCUAGUGCGUUUUAGGGCGUAAAAUGAAGACUAAAUAAAUUAAAUGGUGUGUAAUAAUGAAUGUGAUAGUGAAAAUGUGGGUUUCCGUGUCCAUUUUAGUUGUUUUACUGAAAAGUGCCAAAUCCGGAAGAGUUCAUGCUGCUGUAAAUUUUUUAACCAACGCGUCGUACCAAGAGAUCGAGAUGAAGGGGGAGUCGAGCCUGUCUCUGCGGGACAUCCUGCCUAUUAAGGCGAAGUACUACGACAAGAACCGCGCGCCCAAGCUAUUGGGGCAGCCCACCGUGGUCUACUUCCACGUCACGGUGCUGUCACUGGACUCUAUUAAUGAGGAGAGCAUGACGUACGUAGCCGACAUCUUCCUCGCACAAUCGUGGCGCGACCCCCGCCUCCGCCUGCCGGAGAACAUGCACGAGGAGUAUCGCAUCCUGGACGUGGAGUGGCUGAACAGCAUCUGGAGGCCCGACUGCUUCUUCAAGAACGCCAAGAAGGUCACCUUUCAUGAGAUGAGCAUCCCGAAUCACUAUCUGUGGCUGUACCAUGAUAAGACGCUGCUUUAUAUGUCUAAACUGACCCUAGUGCUGUCCUGUGCUAUGAAGUUCGAGACGUACCCGCAUGACACACAGAGCUGUUCCAUGAUGAUAGAAAGUUUGUCCCACACAGUGCACGACCUGGUGUUCAUCUGGAACCUCACCGACCCGCUGGUGGUGAACCCCGACAUCGAGCUGCCUCAGCUGGACAUCGCCAACAACUACACCUCGGACUGCACCAUCGAGUAUUCCACAGGUAACUUCACAUGCCUCGCCAUCGUGUUCAACCUGCGCCGGCGGCUGGGCUACCACCUGUUCCACACCUACAUACCGUCGGCCCUCAUCGUCGUCAUGUCCUGGAUCUCCUUCUGGAUCAAACCGGAAGCUAUCCCGGCCAGGGUCACGCUUGGAGUCACCUCUUUGCUGACUUUAGCAACCCAAAACACGCAGUCACAGCAGAACCUGCCGCCAGUGUCGUAUGUGAAGGCCAUAGACGUGUGGAUGUCAUCUUGCUCAGUGUUUGUGUUCCUGUCUCUGUUCGAGUUCGCUGUGGUCAACAACUACAUGGGCCCUGUGGCCACGAAGGCCAUGAAGGGAUAUUCUGAUGAGGACCUGGCGCAAGAUAUGGACGCUUUUAAGCACAUAUUCCCAAAUUCAGUGGAUCCGCGAGCCAGCACAUCCGCCUCUAUUGUACCGCAAUACGACACAUUUUGCAACGGCAGGGAGACCGCUGUCUACAUAGACCGAUUCUCUCGUUUUUUCUUUCCUUUCUCAUUCUUCAUACUCAACGUUGUAUAUUGGUCUACGUUUUUGUAGAAUAGUCUUUAGGAGUUAAGGGUUAAAGUACAAAAAUGUUCACAUUG